AUGGAAUCUCUCCCGGCUUUAAAACCGAUCGAUCGUUGGAUGGAUGGUAACCGCAAUCCAAUGGUGGUGAUUCAAAGCUCCGAGCUCGUCACCCCAGCUCUUCCUCUCGAGCGAAGAACUCUUUAUCUCAGCAACAUCGAUCAUCAAGUUUUCUUCCAUGUCGAGUGGAUCAUGGUCUACGAUUCGAUCGACAAUCCCCGCGAUUGGAUUGAGAAACUCCGCGAGUGUCUCGCCAAGAUCCUCGUUCCGUACUACUUCCUGGCCGGGAGUUUCAAGCUCAAUGACGAAAAUGGGCGCCUGGAGAUCGAUUGCAAUGGAGCUGGAGUGGUGUUUACGCGGGCAUCAAUGGACGCCACCAUAGCCCAGCUCCACAAUCUCCGUGAUCCAGAUCCCCUCUUUCGAAAAGAGCUCAUCACACUUCCAAGAAAUGUGGAAUCCAUCCAGGAUCUUCCAUUGCUCACUCUCCAGGUGACGGAGUUCCAGUGUGGUGGGAUCGCUCUGGGAAUUUGCGCGAGCCAUGUCGCCAUGGAUGGAUUCUCGGCAUACAAUUUUCUUCACGACUAUACGAAGAUUGUGCGCGGCUGCCAGGAGUUCUUCCCUAAUCCCAGUCCCGAUCGAUCGCUCUUGCUUCCUCGAUCGCCCCCUCACACCUCCUACGAUCACAAGGAAAUGCAGCGGCUCCCAGAGAUUCCCCCAAAAGUUCUCUUCGAUCCACGCUCGUUCUCUCCGGAGCUCGAUCACACAAACCUCGCGUUUAAAGUCCUCGAAUUCACGCCCGGGAUGAUCCAGAGCCUCAAGAACACGGUCCUGGGAUCACAAUGGAUCAAGCGUCCCUCCACGUUCGAGGUCCUAGCAGCUCACAUCUGGCAGGCAAGAACCAAAUCGAUGGAUCAUCUUGCUCCAGGCGAUCCAUCGAAGCUCUUCCUGGUCACGAGCACGCGAGGCAAGCUCGAUCUUCCGGAGAAUUUCUGCGGGAAUGCUGUCGUGGGGGCGAGCUGCGUGGACGCCACGGCGGGAGAGAUCCGCCGCCAAUCUCUCGCGUUUUGCGUCGAUCGUGUCCGGCGAGCGCUGGCAUCUACUGGAACCGAGGAGUACGUUCGGUCGCAGAUCGAUUGGUGCGAGCUCCACCGCGGGAUGAUCAACAUUCCGGGAGGGACGAUCAUCACGCCCUGGUGGAAAAUCCCUUUCCAGGACCUGGAUUUCGGCUUUGGGAGGCCCAGCUACGUGACGCCGGUGGUGAAUGAUCGCGCGGAGUUCGUGGUGAUCGUCUCGAACUGCAAGAACGAUGGUGGGCUGGGUGUGUUCUUGGCUAUGGAGAAGGAGCGAAUGCCAUCGCUAGAAGCAAAUCUAUUGUCCUGUUUUUAG